AUGAGGAGGGCAGCACUGAUGGUUUGGCUCAGCCUUUUGGUGCAAGUGUCUCACUGUGCUCAGGGUCUUUAUGCUCGCAAACUUCUGAAUGAUCUGAUGGAGGAUUACUCAAAUGCUCUGAGACCUGUAGAGGACACAGACAGCGCCCUCAAUGUCUCCCUGCAGAUCACGCUGUCACAGAUCAAAGAUAUGGAUGAGCGGAACCAGGUGCUAACCACCUACCUGUGGAUCAGACAGGUCUGGUUUGAUGCCUACCUGAAGUGGGACAAGGAGGACUACGAUGACUUAGAGAUGAUAAAUAUCCCGAGUGACCUGGUUUGGAAGCCGGACAUUGUUCUCUACAACAAAGCAGAUGAGGAGUCAUCUGGCCCAUCAAACACUAAUGUGAAGCUGCGUUAUAAUGGAGAGAUCGUCUGGGACUCUCCAGCCAUCACAAAGAGCACAUGUGUGGUGGAUGUCUCCUACUUCCCUUUUGACUGGCAAUCAUGCAAUCUUACCUUUGGCUCAUGGACCUACAAUGGCAACCAGGUGGACAUUAGUUUGGGCAUGGACAGUGGUGAUCUAUCUGACUUCGUAGAGAAUGUGGAAUGGGAAUGUCACGGCAUGCCAGCAGUUAGAAACGUCAUGAUGUACGGCUGCUGCUCAGACCCAUACACAGAAAUCACCUACACCCUGCUCCUGAAACGACGCUCCUCCUUCUACAUCUUCAACUUGCUCCUGCCCUGCUUCCUCAUCUCAUUCCUGGCUCCACUGGGUUUCUACUUGCCAGCUGAUUCUGGGGAGAAGGUUUCCCUGGGUGUCACGGUGCUGCUGGCGCUCACUGUGUUCCAGUUGUUGGUGGCUGAGAGCAUGCCUCCGGCAGAGAGCAUGCCCUACAUAGGGAAGUACUACAUAGCCACCAUGACUAUGAUUACAGCCUCAACGUCCCUCACCAUCUUCAUCAUGAACAUUCACUUCUGCGGUGCUGAGGCCAAACCAGUCCCUCACUGGGCGAAGGUGCUCAUCAUUGACUACAUGUCGAAAAUUUUUUUUGUCUAUGAAGUGGGGGAGAAUUGUAUGACACCAGAAAGUGAGAGGACCCCGCUGUACCCAGAGGAACCUAUGAGCGAUAAGGGCUGCUACCCUGAUGACCGUUUCCAUGAUGGAUUCUACAGUCAUGAUGACCCGUACAAGCAUGGCAAUGGCCACAGUGUGCAUCAUAACAAGCAUCAGAAAAGCCAAGCAAAUGGCAGCGCCAAUGGAAAGCAUCACCAUUACAGCAACCAUAACAAUCACACUUCCAGGCUGGAGAGGGGUGAGACAAAGCGAGAGCCCACAAAGCGUUACCACAACAUCAGGAGGGACGAACUGGAUUAUCAGGCCCCUUCACACCCACAAAAUCUCCAGCAUCUGAAUGGUGGACUUAAGGAGCAGAUUCUCUACCCGUCUGAGAGAUAUCAGAUCCCAUCCUGCCCUUGCUGCUGCCCCUGCCUCCAACACAAGCAGGUGGUGAAGAACAUCCAGUACAUUGCCAACUGCUUCCGUGAGCAGAGAGCGACAUGUGUCAAGGUAGCGGAAUGGAAGAAGGUUGCCAAGGUGAUGGAUAGAUUUUUCAUGUGGAUCUUCUUCGUCAUGGUCUUUCUCAUGAGCAUCCUUAUCAUCGCCAAGGCAUCUUGACAGCUUCCUCGUCAUUUUUUUAUCAUUAACCCUUCAGCAUUGCCGCAUAUCAGUGUUACUCAGAUGCAGAUGUUUAUGCUUUAACACAAACAUCACACAGUCCGGUUUUUUAUGCUAGAAAGUUGCAUUUCAUGUGUGUAUGAAAGUGUUUGU